AUGCCGCGAUCAUCUUCCGGAGAACCAACCAAGCCGUCCAAGCGAAAGGGCACCAGAAGUGUUUCGACCCUGACGCCCUCACAACUGGCACGCAAGCGAGCCAACGAUCGUGAGGCUCAGAGAGCCAUCAGAGCCAGGACCAAGGAGCACAUUGAGCGUCUGGAACGUGAACUGGCCGAGCUCAAGGGCGUCCAGAGCCGCGACAGAAAGGUGCAGGAGCUCCUCCGUCGGAACAAGUUCCUCGAACAGGAGAUUGCCCGGCUCCGGGAACACAUGGGCUACACCGCCACGGACUCGUCCUAUUCCUCGAAUUCCGCAGGUACGCCAGGUACCAUGCCCAACAACGCUCAUGACCUUUACUUUGGACCGCUAACCCCAGGUCCAUCAGUCUACGACGACAAUCUCAGCUCGGGCAGCGGUGCUGUGCCGAGUCCGAGGGUGUCGCCUCUACCAUCCAGUGAUUUCAACCAAAUCACAGACUAUGCACAGCAGUCGUAUGGUCACAUUGCAGGCGCUGGCGGCGAGGCGUGGCCAGCAUCCGUUGCGCCAAACCCCGUCCUCGGCAACAUCCCCAGCCCCUCAUCUCCCGCCCAUGGCGAGGAGUACAGCGCGGCAUACAUUCCCACAAGUGUCCCCUCGAUGAUUCCGGCCACUCUCAAGGACAUCAAGCAGGACUACGACGAGAUGGACCACGGCAGUAUGUAUUAUCCUUAUCCCUUUCGCCACGCAUUGAGGGGCACAUGGGCUGACUUGAAUUGCUUCUCUCCCUCCAGGUGGGCUCAGGCUCAACACCUCAACUCUGCAUAA